GUGGCCGAGCUUUUGCAGCAGAGCGGCGUCCCAAGCGAGGCCACCCUCGUUCGGCAGGUGACAGCCGAGGACGUGGCGCAGGUGGUAUCCAGCUGGACCGGCAUUGCAGUGGAACAGGUGAGUGCCAGCGAGUCGUCCCGACUCCUCCAUUUGGAGAAGGAGCUCCACGAGACCAUCAUCGGACAGGACGAGGCCGUCCAAAGCGUCUCCCGGGCCCUCCGCCGGGCGCGCGCGGGCCUGCGGAACCCGCAGAGGCCCAUGGCCGGGUUUUGCUUCUGUGGGCCCACCGGGGUGGGCAAGACCGCGCUCUGCAAGACCCUGGCCUCCACCUUCUUUGGCUCGGAGGAGACCAUGAUCCGCCUGGACAUGAGCGAGUUCAUGGAGAAGCAUACCGUGUCCAAGCUGAUCGGAGCACCUCCCGGCUACGCACCCCUGGCCGCGUUCUGCUGCUCUUUGGGAAGGUCUGAGCAAGGCGCUCUGUUUGGGCAUGGCUCAAGGCUACGGCAAGGCUAG